UCUCUUUGCAUCUCUUCGCACCGUCCCUCCCAUUUCAUCCCUCUCCACGGUUGACGAGAUCUGUAUUCUCACUUAUUCUUACAUUGGUGAGCCUCCAGUCGACCAAAAUGAGUUCGGAACCGGAUUUGCAUCGGGCUAUUUCUCUGAAGCCGAUUCCUUGGCCACGAUCCCCGUCGCCGGGCCGCCCAGCCACAGCCAGCCAUGAAACAACACAUGGACAAGCACGCCCAUCUCAUCCUCCCACGCAUACUCCAAUUGGAAAAGGCGACGGCAAUAGCACCGCAGUCGAGACGUCUGCUUCUACCACCGAGGACCCCGUCGCUCGUAAUGUUGCCACACGCGAGAGCGAGGGCGACGUCGAGCGCCAAAGUCCACCGCAAUAUACCUCCGAAAACGAUCCCUACCGCCUCGCAUCGGCCAUCAAGCCUACCCACGAGAUUGAAAAGAUUCGCGCCAACACCAGUAGGAAGCGCGAUGGUUUCGGACCCAUCACCUUGAACAAGAAGGCUGGCCAAGCCCGCAGGCUCGAGAAGUUCUACGAGGCCCAAAAUGAGAACAUACAAAGGUUGCUCAAACCUGUCGAUGACCACCGUCUGGAAGCGAAGGAGGAAGCAGGCGCGAACCACAUGAAGUUCAAGAUAGCCGUCAUGGGCAGCUUUGCCGCCAACAUUAUUCUCGCUAUCCUGCAGCUGUAUGCCGCAGCGAGCUCCAAAAGUCUGAGUCUCUUCACCACCAUGGCCGACUCACUGUUCGACCCGCUGUCCAAUCUUGCUUUGAUCAUGUCCAGUCGUGCGGUUAAACGAGUCGACCCAAGGAAAUUUCCUUCCGGAAAAGCCCGCAUUGAGACCGCCGGCAAUAUCUUCUUCUGUUUUCUUAUGAUCUGCGUCAGCGUCGUCAUCAUCGUCGAAUCCAUUCGUGAAUUCGCCGAACAUAGUGGGUCAGAAACAAACAAUUUCUACCUGCCUUCUGUCAUCGCCGUGUGCAUCGCCUUUGCGACCAAGUUCAGCUUGUUUCUGUACUGUUGGGCUCUCCGAAAUAAAUACAGCCAAGUUCGCAUUCUAUGGGAAGACCACCGCAACGAUCUCUUUAUCAAUGGCUUCGGUGUGCUCACUAGCGUCGGUGGCUCGAAGCUCAAAUGGUGGCUCGACCCAAUGGGUGCAUUGAUUCUUUCCGUGCUCAUAAUCUUUUUGUGGUCGAGAACCGCUACUUCUGAGUUCCAGCUUCUCAUCGGCGUGACUGCGGACACUCCUACACUUCAACUCAUCACGUAUAUCUCCAUGACCCACUCGCCCUCCAUCCGGCAGAUCGACACAGUCCGCGCAUACCAUUCGGGGCCCCGCCUAAUUGUCGAAGUUGAUAUUGUGAUGGACCCUGAUGACUCGCUGCGUAGUACGCACGAUGUGGCUGAGGAGUUGCAGAUCAAACUAGAGAGUCUGCCGGAUGUCGAGAGGGCAUAUGUACAUGUGGACUACGAAACCGAUCACGCGCCGGAGCAUUUCUUGAAGAAGGAACUGUAG